GGCGGUGGCAACGCGCCUGCGCAGUGCAUCCAGGGGGCUCGGCGGCGUUCGGUGCUGAAGUGGGGCGGAUGGCAGAAAAAAACAGCGGCGAUGGACACAACACCGCGGGAUAGCCAUUUACGAUGCCGUUGAACAAACAUCGGGACGUCGCGUUUUCCCACCUAUCACCCUAGGACGCUGACAGCUCGACGCAAACGGGAUGCUGUACUUUCACCGCUCCCUGUGCUCGCAAGUCCAUAAAUGACCCUUUCAUCGAGACCCAAGGAAGCCUAGGAGGCGACGGUGAGCGAAGCGAAAAGGAGCGAACGAAACAAGUCAACAAGGGGAGGACGUAGUUACAUCUCACCUCAUCUUUCGAGUCCAUUUCUGCACCAGUCGGUCAGGGAUGGUGACACCAGUAACCUCUCUUCCCUGUGGUGAAAAGAACUUCAUUGCCGAGCCCAGUAUCUCCAGCAAGCCAAACAGACACUCAGACAGUCUACCAGUCAGUCACUCCGUCAACCAGCCUGCUAUCAUCCAGCAACCUAUUACCUCACGCCAUGACUGCUCUGUCUGAUCUGUGUUUAGGAACUCACUAAUUCAUGCCCCGGAGUGUGAGUGGAGUGGAGAUGAGAAAAAGGCAGGCGGCUCAUAUCGAGGCCCCACCCCAGGCCCCUGGACAGCCCCGACCCAACACCUGCUGCCUCUGCUGGUGCGGCUGCUGCAAGUGUCUCUGGAAUGAAGACAGAAUGGAGAGGAGUGAAAGACAGACCUGCACCAAGAUGGACAGUAUUGAAGCUGCUGAAGAACAACACCCCAGUCUGGACGAGGUGCUGUCGUGGGCUCGGAGCUUUGAGAUGAUGCUGCGCUCGCUGGAGGGUCGGGAGAUCUUCCGGGAGUUCCUGCGCUCCGAGUACAGCGAGGACAACCUGCUCUUCUGGUUGGCCUGCGACGAGCUGAAGAAGGAGACGAAUCCCUCAGUGGUGGAUGAAAAGGCCAGGAUCAUAUACGAAGACUACGUGUCCAUAUUGUCACCCAAAGAGGUGAGUCUGGACUCGCGGGUCAGAGAAGGAAUCAACCAGAGCCUGGCGGAGCCCAGUAACCUCAUGUACGAGGAGGCCCAGCUCCAGAUCUACACCCUGAUGCACCGCGACUCCUACCCCCGUUUCCUCAACUCCUCCGUUUACAGAGACCUCCUGGCCAGCAGGAGGCGCACCUGCCUCGACACCUAGACCCCUUCGCCCUCCGUCAUUGCCAUCGAACGCCAACAAGACUACUACUUAAACUUCAAAUACUACUAUGGUGCCAGAAGUCGGGUUUGGAAAAUCUCUCCCUCUGUUUCCGAUUGAAAAGACUGAAUGACAUCCGAGAUAGCUGGUUGUUUUAUUUUUUUUUAUUUUUUAUUUUUUUUUUAAAUUUAUAUUUUUUAAGCAAUUUCUAUCCAGUUCUCCACUGGAGCCAGGUCGGCCUUUGCUGGUUGGUUUUUUUGGUCAGUUUGAGACCAAUAAUGCUGGCCAGUGAUUGUUUUGCUAGCAGUUUGUGCUGUUUGUUUCGGUUGACUGGCCAAACCACGUAUCGGCUGUCGGUGUGAACCUGACGGCCAGCUGUUGGUUAACUGUGGACAAGGACUCCUCAGGCAGUGGGGACAGAAAGAGAGAGAGAGAGACAAAAAAAAGGACAAGCCCACUGUUCCUGUACUGUAAUAUUUAGACCUUUUACCCUCACUUUUAAUACUGUCUGUCUUUCUCUUUUCCAUUUUGAUUUUCUAUGUCUGUCCCGUUCCUCACGUGUUCAGUUUUGAUUUCUUCACUGUCCAAACAUGACACCUAGUUGUUGUUGUUGGUGGGAGUUGAGGGCGUCUUUGCCCGUUUUUUUUCCAGUAGAAGCACUGGCUCUGCAUGCGACUCUCUCUCUCUCUACAGUAGCUUGACGAUAAAAGCCCGGGACUGCAAGCGUUUUUGAAUACUGAGAAGUUUUGAGGCGGGGGGAGUCGUCCCUCUGUCCAACUGUCUGUGUUCAGUGAAGGGAAAAAAAAACACUUCUGCCAAUUUUAAGCAUACUGCAGAUUUUUAUUGAGGAGAUUGGAAGGCUUCUGCAGCAUCCAUCCAUCCACCUGUCCAUCCGUCCGUCCGUCUGAGCACUUUCCUUCAUUAGGAUUCUUUAACUGGGAGAAGUAAGGGCUAGAAUUGUGGUUGGGCAGCUACAUCUAUUAUUAUUACUCAUGAACUUUCAAAAAAAAAAAAAUCUCUCCAUUGAGAAAAUCACAAUGCCUUUACUCGUAGGAAAAGGCAGCACAAGCGCUGCUGGAGUUUUUUCUGGAAAGCAACCACAGUUUGUCCAACAAUCCCUACCUCCCAUCUUCUCUCCCCCUUCCUCCCUCCUCCUCCUCCCUCCAGCUCAGACCAUCACAGCCUGACAAGCACAGGUGCCCGAUGUGGGGGGAAAAAAUCACAGCUGGAGAAAAUAUUAAAAAGAAACCCACAUUGAUUCAUCUACAUUUUCAAAUUGUUGAGCAGAAAAAAAGGUGUUUUACAAAGAAUGGAGCAUUAUGGGAGGAGAACAGUAGCAGACGCCGCAGGCACUGACGUAAAUUAGAGGGGUUACUGAGCCCUGGCCUUCGUCUGUAAGGCUUUAACUUUAGAUGCUGUGGACGGUCCCUGGGGUUGGACGUCCUGUAUCAGCACACGCAAAACCGGGUGCCAAACAUGAUGUCAAAGAUGCUGUGAAGAGAUAUUUGAUGUGACUCGUCUCCGUCAUUCCGACGUGCGCUUCGGUUAGCUACUGCCUGUUCCAGACGCUCGAAGAGGGCUUGGUUUUCUUAAUAAUGCUAACAUGCUACCAUUACCAGGCUAGCAAAAAAAAAAGAAGUUUGCGUAGUCGUGCGACACACUAGCCUUUCCGACAAAAGCCAACUAGGUUUCAGCAUGCUGUAGGCAAGCAGUUAGCAUGCUUGUGCUAGCCAUGCUAACCCUCCAUCCCACUGCCGGCCCUCGCACACUCUGCUUGGUUUUUCUAACCUGACUUUGACAGCAUGCGAUGAUAACGGCCAUGUGUGUGUGUGUGUGUGUGUGUGUGUGUGUGUGUGUGUGUGUGUGUGUGUGUGUGUGUGUGUGUGUGUGUGUGUGUGUGUGUGUGUGUGUGUGUGUGGUACAGUUACACACUUAACCGAAAAAAGAAAAGUUAGAGGGGAUUCUUGCCAAAUUUUUUUAAUAUAUAAAAAGGACGUUUUGUUUUUGACGACGUGAACUUUUGUUCCCAGCCUGUGGAUGCGCCGUAGAAAGUGCAUGAGUGCAGUAUAUGCUAUUUUUUAAAUUAACUGAGCCUCUGUUCGUAUCCAUCACGUCACUUGAUGGAUAUCUGACCUCCUGGUUUGGUCGGUGGUUCGUUAGAGCAGUUUUUAAUGAAUCGGUGCCACUGAUAGAUGGAGGCGUCCGUCGUCGCCGCCUCCUUCAACUACCUGAAGUUCACGUGCCAAGAGCAGAUGGUGUGGGACGUCUAGCAGGCUACUGAAGUGCAAUUGGGUGCAGAUUGGAGUGAAUUUGAGGCUGUCUCACUUCGUUUGAUUGGUUUUUGAAUGGUCAGAAUGUUCAGCUUUCAGGACAAUGUUUUUGACGGUGCCGCUGGAUUAUUUGAGAGAAACUGGCUGCUUCUAAGUUAGCACUUGCAAGUUUUACUAGAGGAAAUAAAUGAGAUAAUUCAGUUUAUCUUAAAAAAAACACCUCCAGAUGUAUUUUUCACUUGCAAUCUUUAAAAAUGCUAACGAGAUGACAACUGCCAGUCGUGAUUUAUUGAUUCUGAAUCAUCACUGUAAAGUCAGGAAGGUGAAAAACCCAAUAAUCACCCCGCAGUUUUACAAUGUUUCUUAUUCUAAUAUAUCUAUUUAACCUUUGGCAAUACAGUACUCACAUGCAGACUGCAUUAUUAUCCAUAAGGGCUUUGAUUGAUGUUGCUUGGCUACUUUAAUGAAGAGCUUUGCAUGCAUGCGCCCAGAGGAACACAGCAGUGAUCUCUGAUACCGAAGGAUCAGUUUUUUUCACAACAGGGUUCCAGAUGUUGCAUUCGGGCACCUCUGGAGUUUUUUUUUCGACUCGGCAGAGAACACCCGUCACUCAUACAGCUCUCCUCCCCCUCCGCUGCACAGUUCCAGCUCCGUUUCCUCGUCCCUGAGUCUAUCUAAUAAUUAACAGGAGAAUGUUUCACCAAGAACCAGAUAAUGAAAUCAUGGUGCAAUCAAACCGAGUUUACAUUAAUGAAUUGUGCGAUGUGUUGUUAAAUACUCAUACCAGUGGGGGGCCAGCAGGUUUAAGGCUGGUGUCUGCCCAGUGCUGGCUGGAGUUUCAAACUGGGAGUGUUUUACUGGGAGGAAGUCCUUUCCUCUUAAUUUAUUGUGACUUUUACACAGUUUGGGGGGGGGGGGGGUAAAAAAAAGUACACGGUUGUUUAUUUUUAAUAACUGCAUUUCAAAAUGUGGAUUUUACAAGCAAUGACGAUGAUGUGAAGGGAUGUUGGGUCAUCGCUGAGUUUUGAUUUUUUUGUCUUUAAAUUUCCAUUGAUUCCAAGCGAGUGGGUCUUUUUGAAAAACAUGGCUGUGGUUUUUAAGGUACUUGACUAAACAUGAAAAAAAAAUAAUGAAAAAAAGAUUGAGAGUCCUGACGGGAUGGAGGAGGUUUGCGAAGCUUUGGCCUUACUGACACGUUUUUUAUUUUUUUUUUCCUUUGUACAAAAAAAAGAAGAAGAAAAACAAACGUCUCUGUAGGCUUUUCACUACCUCUCAUGUUGGUUAAUUUAUUUCACAUCUAGUUGUCAAUGUACGAGUUGUUUUUAGAUCUACUUGAAGCCUAACACUGUAAACAAAAAUGUGCACAGAAAAUGACUAUAUGUAUAUUACCAGAGGGGUUAAAGAGAGCUUGGCCUAGUCAACAUAAUUUUUUUUGUUUGUUUGUUUGUUUGUAUGUUUGUUUUGAAUUGUGUUGAGCUGAACUAGAUUUUUGCAUCUCUAUAAAGAAUUCAGGAAUCCACUGUCUAAGGGCUAAUCCCAUUUUUGCCUAUGCAAAUCUGUUACUGUGGGUGAGCUGGGAAAGGGCGAGCUACCGCACCUUUCACCUGUUGUAGAUGGACCAUGGUUUACAUUGCCCUUUGCUGAUAUUCUUCAAUCUUAUUCAGCAAAAAUGUACACUUAAUUUUGUUUCUAUAUAAAUAUAAAUACUAUAUAUAUCUAUAUAUAUUAUAUAUAUAAAUAUAUAUAUAUAUAUAGAUAUAUAUAUGACAAGUAAUUUACACAGAAAAUAGUAUAUGCCUUCAUGAUGAUAAAAAAAAAGAAACCUUGCUGAAAACAAAUAAAUGUGUUGUCUGACAUGUGGCUGUGUGCUGGAGUCUUGGUAACAGACGACUGGAAUUCAUUCUCAGACCCCAUGCAGUAUUUCCUAACUGAGGGUGUAAGAAAACCUUUAUUUAUUGAACCUCAUCAUGACUUUCUGUGACAUUGUUACCCAGCCCCCAAGGUGUUCGGGUCGUUUUCUUUCACUGUAACAUUUGGUCAUUCUUUUAAAGCAAGAUUAUGUAACUUUUGCUCAACGAAGGCCGUUGGUUAAAGAUUAAACAUUACGUAGCACAAGUAGAGUCGUAAAGUCAGCAAACAGACUCAGUAAUGUCAGUUGCACAGUGUUUAGCCUCCGAUUUGAAGCAAAGGGUCUGUUUUACUGCUUCUGGGUUUUUAUUUUUAGUCAAAAGUUACAUAGUCUCUGUUUGAAGGGCUGAGCUGGAGCAAACCUGGAAACAAAAAGCAAGCCGAGUCAUUAAUGGCAUAUGCCUUUGAGAUGCGCACUGUCCAUCACGUUCAUCAUGAAAAUUCCACUCGCCAUGAAACGUUCGACACUUUAAUGUGGUUAAUCUUUUCGUUGUCCGUGGACGCCGCACGGCCGUUUGUGAAUUUGUAAUUUUAAUGAGUGCGGCGCCACGUCAUCACAAAACUUAUUUUUCUAUUCAUGAACUUCUUCUUUUUGUAGCCACAUCCGGUCAGACUAUCACUGUGUUACUACAGUAGCAUUGAUGUGGAGCAGAAGUGGAUUUUUUCAGUUUUUUUAAAAACACUCCACUAAUGCAAAAGUAAUAAGUUACUCACAGGACCACUCGCUCAGCUCUUAUGCGCCACUUUUAGCAUCGAGCUGAGGUUUGAUUUGGGUCUUUUAUUUUGAAAAUGUAUCUCCUGACCUCCUGGAAAAGAGAACAGGAUGGUUGAUGUAUAGAUUUUUUUAUUUCCCACAGUGCAUCAUGGCUAAAGAAAGACGGGUUUAUCGACUGAUGUUGGUUUGUGUUGGAUUCGGUGCCUCUUUAUGCUUCACAACAGACCUCAAGAUCUCUUUCUCUGUCCGUCUCACUUUCCUUCUCUUGGGCUCUCGCUUCCUCUCUGUAACAUCACACAUGCAAUGCUGUUAUUAGCAGUUCGAGCAGAGACGGCCCCGUUUUACUGCAAAAAUCACACAGAUGUUUGAUUUAUCCUACACCGGUACCGACGCCCUCCUACCGUCUCUUUUUCGUACCUCUCCCGGAGGUGUUUUUGUGCGACUUUAGGAAAAGAGAUAACGUUUGUGCAGGUACUUCUUGAAGGUGGCUUUCAACAGUUUUAGGCAAUCACUUUUGUCUUUAUUGAUUUAGAUGCCUAAGCCUCUUGGUUUUUUGUCAUGCCUUUGUAGAUAGAUCGCAGUCGUCGAGAAAUGAUCUGCAGGUGAAAAUAAAAAGAAUUUUACUGUCACUUUAGGCAAUUAAAAGAAGUGACAUUUUUUCUAUUCAGCAUGCUUUGUGCUAAAUAAAUGAAAUAAUUCAGUUAUUUGCUAUAAACGAUACUGUAUGAGUAUGUAUUCAAGUACUGCAGUAUGCAGACAAUUAAAAAUAUGAGAAACUCUUUUAAGAGGUUCAUAUUUUUCUUCUAGUAUGUUUGACUAAUAUUGACGGUUAUGGGUACUUAAUUCUUGUUUUGAGUGUCUCAUGUAUUACCAGAAUGACUAAAUGACCCUCUUUUAAAUAUAGACUAUGGUUGGUUAUUUCCACGUGCAUGAUUUGCAGAGAAAUUUACCAGGACAGUGCUUUAUAACCAAGAGUCUGAGAUCAAGUCAAGCUCAACUUUUCACUAUUUUUCACUGGUUGCUUGACGACUUUUGGCGAGAUCCUGACUGUUUUGUUUACAUCGAGGCAGGUGAAAAUGUGGUUGUCGUCGUCACAAAUGGAGAGUGAAAUUAGUCUGUGACCUCCGUUUUUUGGAUUUUAAAAAGGCAGAGAUGAGAAAAUGACCAUUGAGCUUUAAAACAGUAGCCAGUAUAAGAAUGAGGAAACAUCUCGGAGCACUUUGUUCCUACCAGAACACUUUUCAUCAUGAAAUUUAUCAGAGGAUCAUCGAAACCCUUAACUGUAGCAUUGAGAAGACUUUUCUAUCGUCUCAACUGAUGAAACGCCACCCUGUGUCGUAAAAGAGCACAGGAGGGACUCAUCUCAUCCGGAAUCGUCUUACAUUAUUGUGAAUCUGUACUUUAAGGCAGAGCGGGAGCAAAAUGAAAAGCACGAAUGAUGACCGAAGCAUUAGGGAAAUUAGAUUUAGUGAGAAAUCUUAAAUUAUGUGGCAAUUUUCUGCAUAAUACAGAGAGCAGAGUAAAGAUUAAAGACAUAUUUGGGCUCAUUUUAGACAAUGUGGAUGCAACUAGAUUUAAAAAUGAAUUCAAAUGUAAUGGAAAGACAAAGUUAAAUAUAAGCUUAUACAGUUUUUUGCUGAGAGUUACGUAAAAAGAUUGACUUUCAGUUCGACGCUACAGCCAGUAGCCGGUUAGCAUAGCCUAGCUAGGACUAGCUAGCUAACACUAAAGGUGAAACUGCUAGCCUGGCUCUAAGCUAAUUGAGUUACUUAUGUUGAAAUUUGUUUAAUAUCUACUAAAACCAGAGGUAAAACAACAAUUUCUGGUUUUAAUGUCGAUAAAGUGUCAAACUAUUCUUAUACGUAGCUUUGUGUAAGCUAAGCUAAAGGCUACUGGCUUCAGCUUUACAUAAAUAAUCUUGUGUAACUCUCGUCAAGAAAAGGAAAUAAGCAUAUUUGCCAAAUUAAUCCUUAAAAAAUAUAUUUUAAAAGUAAUUUAGGUGGGAAAAUGAUACAAUGUAAUGCUUCUUUGGUGGAUAAAAUAUGGCAAAAUUGUAAUCUACCUUUGGUUUGGAAUUGUUUUCGGUAUAAAAUCUCAUGUUCUGUUGGACUCCUGAUGAAACACAUUUUGUCACCUGUCUUUUCACAUUGCUGUCGUGGGUUUGUGUCACCUCUGAAUCCUCCACAUGUAAACUACAGACCUGUGUAAACAGCCGCUGAUGUGAAUUACAGGCAAACACAUCAGGUCCAACAAAAAUUGUAACUGUCACAAAAGAAGCUGAUCACUAUUUUUUAUUUGUUUUCUACUGUUUUAAUUUACUCCAGUCAGAUGUUUUUUUGGGGUCAUUGUUUGUUACUUUUUUUUUAAUCUCAAAAGACACAAAACUUCUUGUUCAUCAGCCUUUAACUUCACAUGAGUGAGCGUUAACAGCGUGCUCGGUUGUGGUACAUUUUAAUCUGUCUCUGUCUUUGUUUACACGAUGACAUCUUGCAUUAAAAGAAAACUCCAAUCUAUGGUAACUGCCCUUGAAUAUCUGUAAUUUAAAUAGUGCUGCUAGAGAAAGAAAUCUAAAUGUAACAACUUACAAUAAAUACUUAAUAGAUUUUUGCCAAA